AUGUGGCAAGGACACAGCCUCAUGAACCCAGAUGUAUAUGACAUGUACCGUGUGAACGUGCAUCUGAUGGGCGCCAAGGACGCCAUAAAGAACUCUUUCACUGUGGACGACAAUGUGCGCACGUGGGCGCUCCUAGAGGGCACAGAGGACAGAGUAGCAUGGGCGCUGGAGGCUGUGGGGCUGAAGCACCUGUCGAGAGAACCAGCCAGCAUUCUCAGCAUGGGCCAGCGCAAGCGCCUGCAACUGGCUCGUCUUUUGGCCAUACCCCGCUCGUUGUGGCUAUUGGACGAGCCCUCUGUGGGGCUGGACCUGGCAGGGGUUGAGCUGCUGGAGGGGAUGAUAGAGGAGCACAGAGCUGCGGGGGGCAUUGCCUUUGUUGCCACACACACUCCCAUCCACCUAUCCAGCUGCUUUCUCCUCCGCUUCCCUGUCAGGUGUUUGACAGGUGUCCUGUCAGGUGCUCUAUGA